AUGGCAUCAACCCAGUCCUGGGGAACAGGAGCACCCAACCAGAUGUCUGAUAUUAGAUGGUGGAUCUCUACAGUAAGCCUAUUACCACCAUGGAAGAGAGUUUCAACAGGAAUACCAUCAAGACCUGAACUGAAGUCUUCCUUACUUCCUUACUACAACUGUUGUGAAGGAAGAUCCGUCUAUGAGGGUUUCUUGGCAUCAUGUAAUGCAGCAUUUCCUCAAUAUGUUGAAGAAAUUAAAGGAAUAUCUGAUGGAUCAGGUGUGGCUUUUGAAAAUCUUUUCCUUUUAAAUUGCUUAAAUGAAAUGUUAAUACUUUCAAAGAAAUCUACUAAUCUUGAUGAUACUACAGGCUGUACAACUGUAUUUAUUAAUAAACCUGAUUUAAAAAUAUUGGUGCAUAAUGAAGACUAUAGUCCCAAUAUGGAAGCAUAUGUCUAUAUUGUCUCUUGUAAGAUUGAUGAUAACUUCGUGAAGAAGAAUGUUGUUCAAGAAGACCAGGAAUAUAUUACAGCCUAUUGUUAUCCAGGUUUCCUACCUGGAGGAAAUUUUGGUUUCAAUAAUCAUGGAAUGAUUUUUGCAUGUAAUGGACUUUAUCCAACAGAGACAUAUCGAGAAUGCAUUCCAAGACGAUUCAUUGACAGAAGUCUUUUGAGUGUAUCCAGUGUUACACAAGCUGUCAAGAUUCUAGAGGACAACAGACAUGGUGUGGCUUAUGGUAUUUGUUGCAAUAUGGCUUCAGUGAAAGACAAAGAUAAUAUGUGGGCUCUUGAAGUAGGACCCAAACAUCAACAUUAUCUUCAUACAAUUCCACAACAGAAUGAUCCAAAGAAAGAUUGUCAUUAUAUUCAUGUUAAUACUUACCGACAUUUGAACAUUGAAGAAUUCCCUGCAGUUACAUAUGGUAGUUCUGCUCACCGUUACAAACGUGCUACAAGCUUGCCUCCUCCACGUUCUGUUUCUGAUGUUUGUAACAUCCUUGGUGAUACAGAUUGUAAGGAAUAUCCAAUUUACCGAACUCCAAGACCCACAGAUCGUUCUCAAACUCUAGCAACAGCAGUUUUUAAUAUUUUGGAAAACAAAGUUGAUAUCCAUUUAAAGAAUACCAAGGAUGAUAAAGGACCAUCAUUUAGUUUACCCCUGAAUUUUAUUUGAUUAUUACAGAGUAUUUAAUAGGUAAUACCAUUUAUUUACCUCAUAUAAAAGUAGUUACCUAAUGCAGCUAAAUCAUAUUUGCAUAAAUAUAAAAUAUAUCUAUAAUUAAUGAAAUAUUAUAAGAAAAAUACUGCUUGUGAUUCAUAUUUUUAAUAAAAAUGUAUUUUUGAUAUUUCAAA